CACGAGGAUUUCUGAUUACAAUAGUAUAAAGCUCGAUCACUAAUAAGAUCAAGCUCAAUGACUAUUUGGCUUAGUUAACUAUUAUGUUUGCCUAAAUUUAACACUUUUUAAAAUUAGAAAUGUCAACAUUCGCGUCUCUUGGUCUGUCCGAUUGGCUGAUCGACCAGUGUAAACAACUGGGAAUCUCCAGACCGACUCCGGUGCAGGAAAACUGCGUGCCAGCUAUAUUGGAAGGACGAGACUGCAUGGGUUGUGCGAAAACUGGAAGUGGAAAAACUGCAGCGUUUGUGUUGCCGGUGCUGCAGAAGCUGUCUGAAGAUCCGUAUGGCAUCUUCUGCUUGGUCUUAUCACCCACAAGAGAACUGGCUUACCAGAUAGCUGAGCAGUUCAGAGUGCUGGGAAAACCUAUGGGUCUGAAAGACUGUAUCGUCGUUGGAGGAAUGGACAUGGUCACUCAGGGUUUGGAGCUGGCCAAAAAGCCCCACGUUGUUGUGGCCACGCCGGGGAGAUUAGCGGAUCAUAUCCGAAGCUCGGACACGCUUACCAUGAAGAGACUCAAAUUUUUAAUAUAUGUUUUUUAUUUGUUUUUUCAGAUUUUGGAUGAGGCAGAUCGAUUGCUGGAACAGGGCUGUACAGAUUUUACCAAGGACCUGGAGGUCAUUCUUAGCAUCGUGCCAGCAAAACGACAGACGCUGCUUUUCAGUGCCACCCUGACAGACACGCUGGAGGAGCUCAAAAGCAUUGCUUUGAACAAACCGUUCUUUUGGGAGCACAAGUCUGAGGUGAGGACAGUGGAUGAGUUGGAUCAGAGAUACGUUCUUACACCCGAGAAAGUCAAAGAUGCGUAUCUGGUGCACCUUAUCCAAAAAAUUCAAGAUGAACAUGAUGACUGGGCUGUCAUGAUUUUUACUAAUACAUGCAAGAACUGCCAGAUGCUGACAAUGAUGCUUCGUGAAUUCAAAUUUCCCACAAUCGCCUUGCAUUCCAUGAUGAAACAGAGACAGCGAUUUGCAAACCUGGCCAAAUUCAAGUCCAAUAUCUUCAAGAUCCUUAUAGCCACAGAUGUUGCUGCCAGAGGUUUGGAUAUUCCUACAGUACAGGUCGUCAUCAAUCAUAAUACUCCCGGCCUGCCAAAGAUAUACAUUCACCGAGUGGGCAGAACGGCCCGUGCAGGAAGAAACGGGGUCUCAAUCACACUGGUCACCCAGUAUGACAUUCAUUUGGUCAAUGCUAUAGAGGAACAAAUCCAAUCCAAGCUUAAGGAGUAUCCAGUUAAAGAAAAGGAGGUGCUAAAAAUUCUUACACAAGUCAACGUAACAAGACGACAGUGUGAAAUCAAACUGGAGUCAACUGAUUUUGAUGAGAAAAAGGAGAUCAACAAAAAGAAGCAAAUGAUUCUUGAAGGAAAAGACCCAGAGUUGGAAGAGAAGAGAAAGAAUGAGCUUGCCAAAAUGAAAAAAGAAAAGAAGAAAUUCAAGGGAAGAAUACAGGAAGCCAUUCAGAAGAAAAAAGGGAAAAUGCAGAAGAAAAAAGCCAACCUGUCUAAAGUUCCAAGCCAGACUGUUCCAGGAUCAUAAUGUUUCGCAUUAUACAUUCUGUCGUGCCUCUUGUGUGUGUGUAUAUAUAAUGAAUUAUGUAGUAUACAUUAUUCAAGCUGAUUAUUUGAAAAUAAAUAAGGUAAAUAUAAA